GCUAGAGUUCCAGAGUUCCAGUCUCAUCAUGCCUGAGCCUGCGAAGUCCGCUCCCGCCCCGAAGAAGGGCUCCAAGAAGGCCGUCACCAAGGCCCAGAAGAAGGACGGCAAGAAGCGCAAGCGCAGCCGCAAGGAGAGCUACUCGGUGUACGUGUACAAGGUGCUGAAGCAAGUGCACCCCGACACCGGCAUCUCCUCCAAGGCCAUGGGCAUCAUGAACUCGUUCGUGAACGACAUCUUCGAGCGCAUCGCGAGCGAGGCGUCCCGCCUGGCGCAUUACAACAAGCGCUCGACCAUCACGUCCCGGGAGAUCCAGACGGCCGUGCGCCUGCUGCUGCCCGGGGAGCUGGCCAAGCACGCGGUGUCGGAGGGCACCAAGGCCGUCACCAAGUACACCAGCUCCAAUUUUUCAAGACAAAAUUUCUCUGUGUAGCCCUGGCUCUCCUGGAACUCACUCUGUAGAUCAGACUGCCCUUGAACUCAGAGAUCCACCUGAGUGCUGGGAUUAAAGGUGAGUGCCACUACCCCCAGUUUGAGUCAUUUUCUUUUCCUUGCAUCCUUUUAAGGUAAAUUAACACUUGUGCCUAUACUACAGGUCGCAAGGCACGUGUUCAGUGACAGUUAAGAAAUUGCUUGAGUUUGCACGGCUAAUGAGUGGAAACUGGCUUAAGAACUUUCAGAACGCUUGCUCGUCGCCACCGAGUGUCAUCACCGCCUGUCUAAAGGUUGAUCUGUGAUGAGUGUCUUCAAGACACAGACAGUGACAAGUAGUUACAAGUAGUAGCACCGUGUACCUGUGUAUGUUUUCGUGAAUUCGAAAGUAACCCCUUUAGGAGAUAGGUACCAGGAAAAGCCCCUCCCUCAACAAAAUGGCUUACACUCGCUGGUAAGUCGUCCUUUUCCUGUCAGGAAUCAAAAUCCCAACCCCCUUGGCCUGACCCAUUAAAGGGCCUUCUGUCCCCUUAAUGAAACCCUCCAGCUCACCCAGACAGACUUCCACUGGUGAGCCUUUAAAGGUGUCUGGGGUUGGUUUGUUUGGUUGGUUGUUUUGUUUUGUUUUUUACUUAUCUUGUCUCCCUUCCCUAUAGCUGCCAAACCUGGUGUUUCCUGUCUCAAAAGUCAAUCAAAUUUCAUAGAGUUCCCUUCUGAGUCAACUUUAAAAUACUUUUAUAGAUGAAAUCAAGAACCUGCGCAGGGACCGUGAGUUCCCUAAUGACAGAAGAAUAUUAAAUAAAUUUGUUUCUUCUCCUGCCUCCUACCCCACUUUUGACACAGUGUCUUGUUAUGUGUUUAUCCACAGAAACUAGAAGUGUGCAAAAGGCCUCACCUCCUACACUGCUCCCAUGGGAUUAUGUUCACUGUACAUGUUAUUUGUGGAGAAAUCAGUAUAGCUCAGAAACAAGGCCCUGAAAUCUAACCUUAUCCACUAGGGUACCUUCCUCAGCAGUGUUUCCUUCAGAGUUUGGUUGUUUUGUUUUGUUUUGUUUUGUUUUGUUUUGUUUUGUUUUUCACAAACUGCAUGUAAUGAUCAGAUACAGCGGGCCGACUCUAGUAAGAUGCUUGCCUAUGAGAAAUAUAUCGAUGAUACGGAAACACACAAGAAAUAGUAAUGAAGAAGCUGGAGCGGUAGACUGGUCAGCAAUUCAGAGCCCUUACUACUUUUCACAAGAACCUGAGUUCGGUUCCCAGCACCCCUGGCAGGUGUGACACAAUCAGCUGUAACUCUGACUCCAGCGCAUCCAACACCCACCUCUGAUCUAGGUGUACUGUGUGACCAGUACCCAAACACGUGGCGUACUUGUCACACAGGCAAAAAGGCAUAUGUAAAUAAAAUGAAAGACCCAACUACCAAACAGACCAUGUAGGUUUUACUGGGAUGCUUGGAUCUGAGGACCAUAAGGAAAAGUCUAAAACCUAAAAGAGAUGGUAAUACAAAAGGCUCUGUACUAAAGAACAUUUUUAUGAUUCUGUGAGGUGAUUAUAACUUGUCUCAGCAAUAGCCAGCUCACCAUAAUACACUACAGUUUUCUAUCUCUUCAUAAACCUUUGAGAUGGUAAGUAUGCCAACUACAGUCAUGUGUGUGUAUCUGUCAUUAAAAUUGGAUAGUCUAUAUACUUUUA